UUGAAACACAAUUUGUUUUGGUUCUCGUGACUCUCCAUAACCUCAAAUUCUUUUUCAAGAUGAUAUAAUUUUUCUUUUGGUGAUAAAGUUAGUUUGUAAAUUAAUUUUAAUGUUGAAUCUGGUGGAUCUCCCCGAUGAUAUUCUCAUCUGCAUCCUCAAAUUUGUGAAUGUUGAGGAUUUGGACAAUGUAUCUCUUGUUUGUGAACGUCUGGCUGCUCUUGUGGAUCGAUACUUUUUCCUAUCGAUGACUUUGGACGUCCUUAUGACAUGCCACCGGAAGAAGGAUUCACAGCACUUCCUGCGCACACAUGACGAUGAUAUUUCCUAUCAUCGUCGGUGGAAGUUGCAUAAAAAUUGGAUAAAGGGGCGCUACGAGGAGACAAUGUAUUUUCCCCAUCGUAUUCCCUACGCCUCACACAUUCAUCUUGAAAAGAAUUGGCUCUAUAUGACACACGGAGGGCAAGUGAGAGCCCAUCGGAGACGCAGGAAGGAUUCACUGAAGCGCUUCCCUGACAUGUCGUACGGAAGUACGCGAGAUCCUGACAUUACAGCCUUCACAAAGAUUGGCGAUACCAUGCUAGCGGGCACAAUGUGCGGGACAAUCCUUCUGUUCGAUCCCGAAUACUGUUCUGGGAUAAAUUUUCUCAGUCAAAAAAUUGCCUCUGUCAAGGAAUACCUCAAUUCGGUGGAUUUCCGUGAAUCCAUCUUUAUCACAACAACAAAUCAAACAGCCCGAUUGUGGCGGAAGGAAGUGGAGCUCGACAUGAUACUCCUUGAGAAUGUUCAUGAUCUCAAGCAGGCAUUUAAAUGUGUCAAAAUUAGCCCUGUUGGUGAACGCAUCGCAGCCGGACGCUACAGGGAUGCAAAUUGUGCCCUCAAACUCAUUGACAUUGAAACGGGAACAGUACAAGAGCUCAAUUCAACAUCACACGCUGUCUACCAUAUACUCUGGCGUGACCCCAAUACCCUUCUAACGGCUAAUUUUGAUUCAACCUUCAGAGUUUUUGACAUUCGCAGCAACAGCGAUGCCCACAUCUAUGAGGACCCGUACGACUCAUCCGUCUACUGCCUCGACUACGAUGAUCACUUUGGGGUACUCUGUGGCAUGAAGUAUCACGGUAGAGUGAAUUUGUACGAUCUCCGUGUAACACGAAGAUUCGUCCAAAUGUACUACCCAUCGCAAAUGAAUUCCUACGGAUCACCUGUGUAUGACAUAGCCAGCGAUGCUUCACAGCUCUUUGUUGUCACAGAUCGCAAUUUGCGUGUUUUCAACUUCAAUGCAGAUUGGGCGACAUACAGAGAUUACUCCAAUGUCUUCAAUUUUGAUUUAUAGUAUUUUUUUUUAAUUGUCUGUUAAAAAAAAUCUGUUGUGUUUAAAUUUAUAAAAAAAAAAACAUUAUGAAGAAAUAUAAAAAAAGAUACAUUGAUGAAACAUGGAAAAUUCA